AUGGAUUCCUCUCCCAAGGGUGUCAGCACCCCGAAGGCCAAGUCGUCUGCUGAUUCCCAGUUGCCGCGAACCGCUGUGAUGGAUUCCUCUCCCAAGGACGUCAGCACCACGAAGGCCAAGUCUGCUGAUUCCCAGCUGUCUGCCCGCGAGAUGGAAAUCCUGGCUGUGACAUUUGCAAGCUAUGAGGAGGCCCCGAAGAUCGACUGGCAGAAGGUCGUGGACAAGGCCGGCUUCAAGAACGUCUCGUCGGCUCGCGCGUGCUUUGCUCCUGUGAAGCGAAAGCUUCUCGCCCUGGCCGCGCAGAAUAAUACGGGAGGAGCAGUCGACGAGUCGGCCCUCCCCGAGACGCCGUCGUCGAAUGCCGCCAGCAAGCGCAAGGCCGCCGGGGAUGCCAACAGCUCGCCCAAGAAGAAGAAAUCCGGCCGAGUUCCGCUCCCCGGCGGAACGCCCAACCCCAAGCCGAAAGAGUACAAGGAGGACCCGGUCCACGCCCGCAUCAAGGCAGAGAUUAGGGAGAUGGAGGAGAAAGAGAGACAGGAGGCGGCAAAGAAAGAGGAGGAAUAA